GCAGCAGGAAGGGGCUGAGGGAAGGGCAGAGGACUGAGGGAGGGGGCUGCAGGCAGGGCAGCAGCACCGUGAGCCGGAGGAGAUGCGGCGGGAGCCGGGCCGCGAGUGAGGGCAGCCGGGGGCGGCGGAGGGCCGCAGCGCCAUGUCCCUGGGCAGUGACAGCGGCCCCGGCAUCGUGCACAGCCUGCUGUGCCACCGGCAGGGAGGGGACAGCGAGGCCUUCGCCCGCCGCGCCAUCCAGAGCCUCCUCAGGAAGCUGAAGGAGAAGAGGGACGAGCUGGACGCGCUCGUGGCCGCUGUCACCUCCGGCGGGGCCCAGCCCGGCCAGUGUGUCACCGUCCAGCGCACCCUGGACGGGCGGCUCCAGGUGGCCGGCAGGAAGGGGUUCCCCCACGUCAUCUACGCCCGGCUCUGGCGCUGGCCCGACCUGCACAAAAACGAGCUGAAACCCGUCAAAUUCUGCCAAUUCGCCUUCGACCUCAAGUGCGACAGCGUUUGUGUCAACCCCUACCACUACGAGCGUGUGGGGACCCCCACCAGCGGUCUGAGCAUCCAGAAGAGCACAGUGCCCCCUGCGCGUCCGGUGAAGGAGGAGUUUGUCCAUGACUGUGUGCAGAUGGAGCUGCCGGCCCGUCGGGAGUUGGGGGCCGAGCCCCCUGCCCAGCCCUGCCAAGCGCUGCGCCCCCGGCAGCCCCCUGAGCCCCCCUGUGUGCCCCAGACCUACCCUGCGCUCCCCAUGGCACCCCAAGGGCCGGAAUUCUGGUGCUCCAUCGCCUACUUCGAGCAGGACGUGCAGGUGGGGGAGAUCUUCAAGGUGCCCUCGAGCUGCCCCACCGUGGUGGUGGAUGGGUACGUGGACCCCUCGGGGGGAGCCCGGUUCUGCCUGGGGCAGCUCUCCAACGUCCAGCGCUGUGCGGCCAGCGAGAGGGCACGGCUGCACAUCGGGAAGGGGGUGCAGCUGGAGCGGCGCGGAGAGGGGGACGUGUGGAUGCGCUGCCGGAGCGACCACGCCGUGUUCGUGCAGAGCUUCUACCUGGACAGGGAGGCCGGCAGAGCCCCCGGGGACGCCGUGCACAAGGUCUACCCCGGAGCACACAUCAAGGUGUUUGACCUGCGCCAGUGCCACCGGCAGAUGCAGCAGCAGGCGGCCACUGCCCAGGCUGCGGCCACUGCUCAGGCCGCUGCUGUGGCCGGCAGCAUCCCCGGGCCUGGCUCAGUGGGCGGCAUCGCUCCGGCCAUCGGGCUGUCGGUGGCCGCGGGGCUCGGCGUGGAUGACCUGCGGCGCCUGUGCCUCGUUAGGCUGAGCUUCGUCAAAGGCUGGGGGCCCGACUACCCCCGGGCCAGCAUCACCUGCACGCCCUGCUGGAUCGAGGUGCACCUGCACCGCGCCCUGCAGCUGCUCGACCACGUCCUGCACGCCCUGCCCGACGCCCACGCCUGACUCCUGGAAGGAAGAGCCAAAAAAAAAAGAGGAAAUAAAGGCAAAAAAAUGAGGCGAAAUGACCAAAAAUGUGUUGGUUUAACGGUUAUUUAAUGGAUGGGGUCGGAAUUUGCGGCCUGGCUGUAGUGCAGCCGAUCCAGGCCCUCAGUGCUGAUUUCCACCUCCUGACUUAACUUUUGUAUGAAAAGAAACAAAAAAAAAGAAGAUUAAAAAAAAGCCAAAAAAG